GCGUGCCUGUCACUACGUUUGCACCCUGCGAUAUUUUGAGAUGACCAUCCUGCUGGUCAUUGCCAUGAGCAGCAUCGCGCUGGCUGCUGAAGACCCCGUGUGGCCCGAAUCCCCCCGCAACAAUGUCCUACGCUAUUUUGACUACGUCUUCACAGGAGUAUUCACAUUUGAGAUGCUGAUUAAGAUGGUGGAUUUGGGCCUGGUCUUGCACCAGGGCUCUUAUUUCCGGGACUUGUGGAACAUCCUUGACUUUAUAGUGGUUAGUGGUGCUCUGGUGGCCUUCGCCUUCACGUAAGUCCCCCUCCUGCCUCCCCCUGUCUCCCCUCCUCGCUCCUCCAUCUCUCCUGCCUCUCUACCACCUCACUGGUACCUUGGAGUACAGCCUCCCCUGUUCUGCUUGAGUCACCCAUGGCUCAAUUCAGCCUCUAUUCCUCUCUCUGUUCUUUCUUUCAUACCCGAUCACAUGCUUUCUCUCUCUCUCAGCAUUUUCUAUAUCCUUGCCAUCUGCUUCUAUCUCCCUGUGCUUUCAAAGGCCCACGUCUCUACAGUUGGCCAUUUCUCCUGCUUUUUCUCUCUUAUUCAACUUCUACAGUCCUGCCAUUUCUAAACCCCUCCACCAACUCCCUGCGCCCCAACAUUUAAAAAAAAAAAAUAUCCCCAGCAUCCCUUUCUAUUCGCAUCCGCGCCCCCUGUGAGAGGUGAGGACCACCCUUUGCACCUGUAACCCUUUAGUGCCCAAGGCGUUCUAGAGUUAAAGGGCCCAUGCAAAGCCUGGACAGGUCAUGGUGAGCUGCCUCUCUAAAAUCUCCACACCCCUCUCCACGGCAAAGCAGGUACUUUAAACCCUUCUUAAUCUGCAUGACUGUGAGGAUCAAACACUGGGUUCAGUUAGGGCUUAGUUUAUGAGCACUCUGCUGGGUGCAGAGCAUGACUGGUGAGGAUUUGCUGUCAUGCCCUUGCAUCAUUUGGGAGAAUUUAAAGCAAGCAGCCCUUCAGAACUACGGUCAAUGUUAAGUGUAAUGUGAUAGUGAAGACUUACUGUCCAAUGGGUUUACAAAGGUAAUGCUGUAACCUUCGACACGAAUACUCACGGGUCGCCUGCAGAAAAUAUGCUUGAUCUUAUUUCAUGACUUUAAAAAUGAAAUAUACUUUUACAGGAAACAACAAUGUCUG